AUGCUGAUGCCGGGUCAUCGUCCGAUGGUGUCUCUCCCGUUUUCCAUUGCCACGGGGACGAGUGUCUCUAGUACUGGGCCAUGGACGAAAGUUCGGGGCACAACCACCCGAAGCCUCUCGAACCCGCCGGCGGUGGUAUCUAACCCAUUUGGAACAAAGACAGCGCUGCCCCCCGUCAAGCACUUUUCCUCCCAACGCUACUGCGUACACGACGGCGACCGGCUACAGGCGGCACUCGUGUUGGAGCGCCUGCCCACCGAGUUUGUCGAGCCGCCCUGGGCGAGACGGUGGCGUUUGUUUCAAGCGGAUUGGAAACAGCGCACGGGGAACGACUUGGACCUUGCGGACGAAUUAGCUUACAUGCAUUUCCCGACCCAGUUUCUAGACAAGUGCGACGAGGAGCAGUGGCUGAACCGGCAGAAGGAAGGGAACAAAGAGAGCACUACUGACACUAGAACAAGCGGUACAUCAAACGGCGGGGCUGCUAGCAGAGAAGACGAGCCCCAGAUCAGCGAACUGGAGCAACUCCUUGCGCCAACAGACCCGUUUGGCAGCGGCCUUGCCGUCGCUGGAGGGGAUGGUGGUAUGACGAUCAAGGGCAUGGGAAGGGGGAAAAAGGUAAAUAUAAUUUGACACGAAUAAACAAAAGUUCGUGUUUUUCUGCCCGAAUGUAGACUGCGUUUAGUUUGCAUUGUCACUGAAGAUUGAUUGUAGUUUUCGCUCAGUACCUGUACCUGAUGAAACGCUCUACAUACUUAAACCUAUGGUCAGGCGCGUUCCAAAUCCGCGAGUAGAGCGGCCGACGGCGGGAUCGACUCCGGCCAGGAAGGCAGCCUGCGUUCUCUCACGAAGGCGCCAAGGACCGUGCUGUACUUACUCGUGAAGUACCGAGGUACCGACCGAUGGACCUUUCCGCGUGCGAAUGUACUAGCCGACACCGGAAUGCGGCACACCUUGGAGCUGCUGGCUCACGAGCAGCUUGGCAUGAACGACCUGACUUUUGUUGGAAAGGCGCCGGCGUCUUUUGAACGGUUUGUCUCGAGAAGGAAGGUAAGGUUUGUGAGUUAUACCAUUAUUUGCUGCUAAAGCUGCAUCUAGCUUCAUCUUUGUGGCAUAAUGCGGUUUCCAUGUUGAAUGUGCGUGAUCAAAAAUCAUACGAGGUCUUCUACUACCGUGGGCGCGUAACGCCGCAACGGGUCGGCACAAUGACGGUCCCGGAAGAGUCUCCUGUGGAGGAUUACGCCUGGGUGGAGCGAGCGAAGCUUUCAGCGUUUGUGUGUAAGAGGAUUAUCAGAACAUGCUGGCCGAUGUUGCUCGAAACGCCGUUGUACGGCAGUGAUGCAAGCGCAAGAACGCAAGGCUAGUCUUAAGCAGGAGUUGACACAGAUUGAAUUUUUUGCAAAAUGCGAAAAACAAAAAGUGGGUGGAUAGGCUGGUUC